UAUUCUUAGGACACACAAAUUCAUCUUCGAACGUUAACAAUGGCGAGAAAGAGUAGCAGAGGCCGCCAGAAGAUCGAGAUGACGAGAAUGUCGAAAGAAAGCAAUCUGCUCGUCACCUUCUCCAAGCGUCGCUCUGGUCUUUUCAAGAAAGCCAGCGAGCUUUGCAUCCUCUGCGGCGCUGAGAUCGCCAUUGUUGUCUUCUCGCCAGGAAAAAAGGUCUUUUCCUUUGGCCACCCUAGCGUCGAAUCGGUUGUUGAACGCUACCUGGCGCCAUCGACGCCUCCGGUUGCUGCUGCGCCGCCUGUCACGACCACCGCGGUGCAACUCGUGGAGGCCCAUCGGAGUGCCAGCGUGCGGGAACUCAACGUGCAGCUGCACGACGUGCUCGGCCGGCUGGAUGCGGAGAGAAGGCGAGGCGUGGAGCUCAGCCGGUUGAGGAAGGAGGGCCCAAGCGGAGGGAGGUGGUGGGAGGCUCCGAUUAAGGAUCUGAGUAUGGAAGAGCUGGUUCAACUGAAGGAAGCGAUGGAGGAUUUGAGUAAGAACGUUUCCCAGCAGGCGGAGAAUCUGAUGGUCGUGGAGGCGGCAGCAAUGGCAGCGGUGGAGCCGAGUCCUUUCUCACCACCACCGGGCUUUGGAGGAGGUGAUGGCAGCUCAGUCGUGGAGGAUAGGGUUCCGGGGGAUGGACUUGGACAACUUUCUGUGACUCCGCAGGGAUUCACACUUGAAUUUGACCGCUCUUUUUUUUAA